CACCAUAACAGGUCAUCCAACCUUGCUAGUGGCUAGCACGGCGGCUAAUACGGCUACAACACAUAAAGACGACGUUAGAUUAUUCGUAAGAAGAGUGGGAUCCGGUAAAACGAAGCAUAAUGGUUACUGUUUCUUUACCAAAUGACUCCGAAUAACCCAAGGAAGCUAUCGGCGGCCAUUCCGCUCAACUUACUUUUUUUAGCUAACGCUAAUGUUAGCUGCGCAAUGGCAGGUUGUAGCUAAACUGAUUUUAGCCAAGGAAAUUAGCUGGAUGCUAGUUUGCCGUUGCCUCAAAUGCCUCAAUGAAUGGGGGUGGAUGCAAGAAGUCAUCACAAGGCAGCGAUGAACGCUCUCUACUACUAGCCCCUUCCUUGUUGUGGUUGGCUGGCUGGCACGUUACACUUGUUCGCAAAAGUGGACGCAAAGUCUGGAGACUGUCGAUUGAGGAGGAUUACGUUAGCUGGCUAAAGGACAUUACCAGCUAGCUAACCCAUGGACAAGUUUGUUGGUAACGCAUCAAUACGAAGAAGUCAUGCACUACUCAGUUUGCUACAUAGAUGUAGCAACGUUAGCUUGCGGAACAUAACAUCGCAUUCAUCGCUGUAACAGGCGGCGUGUUUUGGUUUGUCUCUUCAAACUUCUCAUGAAAUUGCGCGAUCAACCCUGGCAGGAGUUUCCACUGCAGAGCUGAGUUUCGGUAAAGCUGUCGAUCGUGAGAAUGGAUGAUGGCGUUUCGGACUGACCCUACCCUAUGUCCCAGGUAGGGGAGUGGUGGUGGAGAGUCCUCGGCCUGGCCUUGCCGGCUGUGAACGGGCGGUGGGAAAACAUUAAUCUGCUAGUGUAUUUAUUCAUUUACUGUCAGAUCAGAUUAUGGUUCGCCAUUAAACUCGAGAUGCUCCGUCACUGAAGUAAUUUCUUAUUUGAAAGAUCAUGAGGGACACAGAGGAAGUUCCCCAAGAAGACUAUUGAGAACAAUCAUGGACUCUUGAACUCCACUCGGCGCAUUUUAUUCAGUAAUAUUAUUUUAGAGCCUGUUUAACUGGAUCCACCUCAACAUGUCUGGGUUUGCUGAGUUCGUCCCCCCUCCCGAAUGUCCAGUUUUUGAGCCGAGUUGGGAGGAUUUCUCGGAUCCGUUAGGAUUUAUCAACAAGAUCCGACCCAUUGCGGAGAAAACUGGCAUCUGCAAGAUCCGACCCCCAGAGGACUGGCAGCCUCCUUUUGCCUGUGAUGUACGCAACUUCCGCUUCACCCCUCGAGUGCAAAGGCUAAACGAACUUGAGGCCCUCACAAGGGUUAAGCUCAACUUUCUGGAUCAAAUCGCAAAGUUCUGGGAGCUCCAGGGCUCCAAGAUUCGAUUCCCUCAUGUGGAGAGAAAGAUCCUGGACCUCUAUCAGCUCAGCAAGAUUGUGUCAUCAGAAGGUGGCUUUGAAACUGUAUGUAAGGAGAAGAGGUGGUCCAUGGUGGCCAGCCGAAUGGGUUUCCCACCGGGAAAAGGCACCGGUUCUCUGCUGCGCUCACACUAUGAGAAAAUCUUGUACCCCUAUGAGCUCUUCCAGUCUGGAGCCACGUUAACUGGCAUCCAGAGACUGUAUGAUGAGGGAGAUGAUGUGGAGGAUAUAGAUGAGGGAGUUGGUGAGGAGGCAGUGGAGGAGGAGGAGCCAGAAGAAGAGGAGGAGGAGGAGGAUAAGGAAAAAGACCCAGAGUGUGAUUCAACGCAAAACAAAAAGCGACUUCUGCCUGAGAGGCGCUCCAGGCGCAUUAAAUCUGAGAGAGAAAACAAGGAGCCAAAAGGCCUCACAAUCUUCAGCACAAGUCCCAAGAUGGUGGGCUUGGAGAUUGUUUCAGCUGACGAUGGGUUCAACAAGAAGCAGCGUCACCUGAAGGCCCAGGCCUUUGCCAUCAAGAUGAGGCCUCGUAAGGAGACCCUGGAGGUUAACUUUAUCGACCUCUAUCUCUGCUUGGUGUGUGGCCGUGGCGACGAGGAGGACCGUCUCCUGCUGUGUGACGGCUGCGAUGACAGCUACCACACAUUCUGUCUGAUCCCGCCUCUGCAGGAUGUGCCCAAGGGUGACUGGCGCUGCCCAAAAUGUGUUGCUGAGGAGUGCAGUAAGCCAAGAGAGGCAUUUGGCUUUGAGCAGGGCGUCAGGGAGUACACUCUCCAGAGCUUCGGAGAGAUGGCCGACCAGUUUAAGUCCGACUACUUCAACAUGCCUGUGCAUAUGGUCCCCACAGAGUUGGUGGAGAAGGAGUUCUGGCGCCUGGUCAGCAGCAUCGAGGAAGAUGUCAUUGUGGAGUAUGGUGCUGACAUCAGCUCUAAGGAGGUGGGCAGUGGAUUUCCUAUGAGGGAUGGAAGAAGAAGGCUGCUGGGAGAUGAAGAGGAGUAUGCCAACUCAGGUUGGAACCUGAAUAACAUGCCAGUGCUGGAGCAAUCAGUCCUCACCCACAUCAAUGUGGACAUCUCAGGCAUGAAGGUGCCCUGGCUUUAUGUUGGCAUGUGCUUCUCCUCCUUCUGCUGGCACAUUGAGGACCACUGGAGUUACUCCAUAAACUUCCUCCACUGGGGUGAACCCAAGACUUGGUACGGAGUGCCAGCCUCUGCAGCCGAGCAGCUGGAGGCAGUCAUGAAGAAAUUGGCUCCAGAGCUUUUUGAUUCCCAGCCUGACCUGCUCCAUCAGCUGGUCACGAUCAUGAAUCCCAAUGUUCUCAUGGAGCAUGGUGUGCCUGUGUACAGGACCAAUCAGUGUGCAGGAGAGUUUGUGAUAACCUUCCCCAGAGCUUAUCACAGUGGUUUUAAUCAGGGCUACAACUUUGCAGAGGCUGUUAACUUCUGCACUGCUGACUGGUUGCCUAUGGGUCGUCAGUGUGUGGCUCAUUACCGCCGACUCCACCGCUACUGUGUCUUCUCUCAUGAUGAGCUGUUGUGCAAGAUGGCUGCCGACCCAGAGAGCCUUGAUGUGGAACUGGCCGCUGCAGUGUUUAAGGAACUGGGACAUAUGAUGGAGGAAGAGACAAAACUCAGACGAGCUGUGGAAGAAAUUGGAGUGCUGUCCUCAGAGCAGGAAAUAUUUGAACUGGUGCCAGACGAUGAGCGCCAGUGCUACAAAUGUAAGACUACGUGCUUCCUGUCUGCGCUGACCUGCUCCUGCAGCCCCGAUCAUCUGGUCUGUCUCCACCAUGCAGAGGACCUCUGCGAUUGUCCACUUAGCAACAAGUGUCUCCGAUACCGCUAUGAUUUGGAGGAGUUUCCAGCCAUGCUUUAUGGGGUCAAGACAAGAGCUCAAUCCUAUGACACGUGGGCAAAGAGGGUCACUGAGGCCUUGGCUGCAGAUCAGAAGAACAAGAAAGAUCUUAUAGAGCUCAAGGUUUUGCUGGAGGACGCAGAGGACAGGAAGUAUCCUGAGAACGCUCUGUUCCGUCGCCUUAGGGAGAUGGUCAAAGAGGCGGAGACAUGCUCCUCUGUAGCCCAGCUGCUGCUCAGCCGUAAACAGAGGCACAGUAGCCGUCUCCGUUCUGAGAACAGUCGUAACCGAACCAAACUAACAGUGGAUGAGCUUAAGGCCUUUGUGGAUCAGCUUUACAGGCUGCCCUGCAUCAUCAGCCAGGCCCACCAAGUCAAAGAGUUACUGGAGAAUGUGGAAGACUUCCAUGACCGUGCCCAGGUAGCUCUGUCAGACGAAAUGCCGGAUUCCUCCAAACUGCAGGCACUGUUGGACCUGGGAAGUGGCCUAGAUGUGGAGCUGCCCGAACUGCCCCGACUCAAACAGGAGCUCCAGCAGGCCCGCUGGCUCGACGAGGUGCGUGUCACUCUGGCUGAGCCCCAUCGGGUUACCCUGGAGCUGAUGAAGAGGCUCAUAGAUUCAGGGGUGGGCCUGGCACCGCACCACGCUGUGGAGAAAGCAAUGGCUGAGCUACAAGAAAUUCUCACGGUCUCAGAGAGAUGGGAGGAUAAGGCUCGUGCCUGCCUGCAGGCCAGGCCUCGACACAGCAUGGUCACCCUGGAGAGCAUCGUGCUGGAAGCUAGGAAUAUCCCAGCAUACCUCCCCAAUAUUCUGGCCCUCAGAGAGGCCCUGCAGAAGGCCAAGGAGUGGACAACCAAGGUGGAAGCCAUUCAGAGUGGCACCAGCUACGCCUACCUCGAGCAACUGGAAAGCCUGUUGGCCAGGGGACGCUCCAUCCCUGUCCGACUUGACCCACUUGCUCAAGUGGAGUCUCAGGUGGCUGCAGCCCGCGCCUGGAGGGAGAGGACUGCACGAACAUUUCUCAAAAAGAACUCCACGUAUACAUUGCUCCAGGUCUUAAGUCCUCGCGUGGAUAUCGGGGUUUAUGGCAACAGCAAAAGCAAAAGGAAACGUGUCAAGGAACUCAUGGACAAGGAGAGAGUAGGCUUUGACCCGGACACCCUGAGCGACCUGGAGGAUUCCCUCGAGGAGACACGAGAUCCUUCCACUGUUGUAGCAGCCUUCAAAGCCAAAGAGCAAAAAGAAGUAGAGGCCAUCCACUCACUCCGUGCUGCCAAUUUAGCCAAGAUGGCCAUGGCUGACCGCAUCGAGGAGGUCAAGUUCUGCCUGUGUCGGAAGACAGCCAGUGGUUUCAUGUUGCAGUGUGAGCUCUGUAAGGACUGGUUCCACGGAGCAUGUGUGCCUCUGCCCAAGACAGGAUCUCAGAAGAAAGUGGGUGUUGGCUGGCAGAGCAACAGCAAAGACUCAAAGUUUCUGUGUCCGCUUUGUCAGCGGUCGAGAAGGCCAAGACUAGAGACAAUCUUGUCGCUAUUGGUGUCGCUGCAGAAGCUACCAGUGCGUCUGCCUGAAGGAGAAGCUCUCCAGUGUUUGACAGAAAGGGCAAUGAGCUGGCAGGACCGAGCCCGUCAAGCAUUGGCCACUGAGGAGCUGUCCUCAGCCCUGGCAAAGUUGUCCGUGCUGAGUCAGCGCAUGGUGGAGCAAGCUGCAAGAGAGAAAACAGAGAAAAUCAUAAAUGCUGAGCUUCAGAAAGCUGCUGCUAACCCAGACCUGCAGGGCCAUAUUCAGACUUUUCAGCAGUCAGGUUUCAGCAGAGCCACAUCACCUCGUCCUUCUGUGGACUACGACGAUGAGGAGACCGACUCAGACGAGGACAUAAGGGAGACCUACGGUUAUGAUAUGAAGGACCCGGGUGAGGUGAAGCCCUACCUGUUCUGUGAUGAGGAGAUUCCUGUUAAAUCAGAAGAGGUGGUCAGUCACAUGUGGCCAGCUGUCACGCCCUCGUUCUGCGCUGAGCAUGCCUACUCCUCAGCCUCAAAGUCCUGUGUGCAAAAUCUAGGAACACCCAGAAAGCAGCCAAGAAAGACCCCUCUGGUCCCUCGCAGCCUGGAGCCGCCAGUACUCGAGCUGUCCCCGCAGGCCAAGGCCCAGCUGGAGGAGCUGAUGAUGCUGGGAGACCUGCUGGAGGUCUCCCUGGAUGAGACCCAGCACAUCUGGAGGAUUCUGCAGGCCACACACCCCCCAUCUGAGGAGAGAUUCCUGCAGGUUAUGGAGCCUGAAGACUCUCUAAUGGAAAAGCCUCUAAAGAUUAAGAUUAAGGACUCUGAGAAGAAAAGGAAACGAAAAUUGGAAAGAGCUGAGCACCAUCACAUGCUCAUGGCUGCUGCCACUGCUGGUGGGGGCUCAGCAAUGGGCGAAAUACGACCGGUCAAGUCCAAAGAACUGAAAAGAGUUGGCCUAGAGCUCAGCUUGGGUGGAAAACCCAAGAAAAAGAAACUCAAACUCAACCUCGACAAGAACCGGGAGAUGAAGCAGUUGGCAAAGCGGUUGGCGAAGGAAGAAAAAGAGAGGAAGAGGAAGGAGAAGGCUGCCGCCAAGGCAGAGGCCAUCAGGGAGAGCCUGGAGAAGAGGAAGGAGAAAAAGAUUCUUGACAUUCCCUCCAAGUACGACUGGUCUGGAGCUGAGGACUCCAACGACGAGAACGCUGUGUGUGCAGCCAAGAACUGCCAGCGACCCUGCAAAGAUAAGGUGGACUGGGUGCAGUGCGACGGUGGCUGUGACGAGUGGUUCCACCAGGUGUGUGUGGGCGUGUCAUGUGAAAUGGCGGAGAACGAGGACUACAUCUGCGUGGACUGCUCCUGCAAGGUCGCAGAGGGGAGCGGAGGGAUGACCAUGGAGGCGGUGGCGGAGGAGAGCAUCGUAGUGCUGACGACGGCGAUGUGCAGCGGCAGCAACAGCAACCUGCAGGGUCUGCCGUCGUCCUCCGUGGUGGCCUCGUGGUCCCACACGUCCUCUGCUUCACACCCGAACCCAACAGCCUCACAUCAGCAGCAGCAUGAGCCUCAGGAGGGCAGUUAGCAUUAAAAAAACAAAAAGACUGAGUUUGAAUACCGUACCUCACAAAACCUAGUGGCCGGGCUAAUGUUUUAACCUGUCAGCCUGUACAGGAUCAGAGAGAGAGAAUUAACACUGAGUUUUAGGAGAAGACCGACACACCAGGGAGGCUGCAUCUGGAUCACAGAGCACAACAGAUAAAGAAGAGAAGCGUCUGUCAGAUGGAAAAGAGAAGAUUGUCAGUGCUCAAACAGGCCUCCGCCCCCUCUCAGCUGUUGUAGGUCUAGAAACUCCCACCAGCUACUUCCUGGUCCUCCUCCUUUCUCUACAAUAACAAGCCAUCCGUACACUUAACUACAACCAGACACACUCUUACUCCAGCUGUCGUAUCCAGUGCAAAUAAACAAAUAUGUUCCCGGUCGUGUUUUACUGGACAUCCUGAACGUCUGCCUGACCCUUUGGGACUGUAACAUCUGAAUAUGUAGGACUCCAGACUAGGAAAAAGAAAUGUUUGUAAUGUAGUGGGAUUAUUUAUAAUGUAUAUAGCUUUUAAGCAAUUAAACAAAUGGGUUGUGGCUUUUUUGUUUUCUCACCUUUAAUAAAUUGUUCCUAGUCAAAUGA